AUGACCACUCCCGACUGGAGAAAAACCCUUGGCUUCACAGAUAGAUUGUCUGCCAUUCAAUCGCUUACUACCGCUUACCAGCGAGCUUCUUCCUCCGCUGCGUUCGCUGAAGCUCAGUCUCAAGCGAAGCGCUUCGAGACCGAAGCUUACGAUCAAGCUGCAUCAAAGGAGGAGUAUGACAGGCUAUGUCAAAAAGCCAUUGACAAAGCAGAGUCUUUGGGAUCGGUUGCUCCCAUCAUCAGCAGCCCAGAUCAACCUCAGAACGACACCGACGAAGACCACUGGGAAGGGGGCCAAACCAUCGGCCCAUACCAAUCAUGUCUCCAUCACUUCGAUGGCCUCCAUUCCAUGAUCUACAAGUCCAAAAAUACCGACGGUAGCUUAGUGGCAGUCAAGGUCACUAUACCUCACAUGUUAACCCCACCACAUGAUGCUAAACGUGAGGUUCAACUUCUUCGUGAUGCGGCUAGUCCUCGCGUAGUGCCUUUGCUGGACACUUUCAGCCUAGACGAGGGGCGACUAAUCCUCGUGUUUCCUUUCAUGAGAUAUGAUCUGGAGCAACUACUUCGGCGAGAUGCGUUGACUGCGGCGCAGACCAAGUCUCAUCUGCGGGAUAUGUUCAGCGCAUUAGCCCAUAUCCACAAGCUGGGAAUUAUACACCGAGAUAUCAAGCCUUCCAAUAUUCUGCUUGAUUCUCCUGAAGGACCGGCAUAUCUCGCAGACUUUGGGAUUACAUGGAAAGAAGGAAGCAAGGGAUCUGAGCCUGCGGAUCAAAAAAUCACAGAUGUUGGAACUACCUGUUACCGCCCCCCUGAGAUUCUAUUCGGCUUCAAGGCAUAUGGGACUGCUCUUGAUCUUUGGGCGGCCGGUUGUGUUGUUGCCGAAGCGGUGGCUGUUGGGCAUACGCAAUUAUUCGACUCGGGACCGGUGGGAAGCGACCUCUCACUCAUCCAGUCAAUCUUCACGACCCUAGGGACACCGGAUGAAACGACAUGGCCUGAGACGCAGAGUCUACCCGACUGGGGGAAGGUAGAAUUCUACAAGUACCCUGCUAAACAAUGGGACGAAAUCCUUAGAGGGGCUUCUACCAAAGCCCGUAGCCUUGUCAGCGAACUGGUGCGCUAUGAGAGCGGUCAGCGGUUGUCCGCAGAAGAGGCCUUGAAACAUCCUUAUUUCUCGAGUUCCUAA